AUGUCAAAGUUUGCCUUAAAGGUCCCGGCGUCCAGUGCCAAUAUUGGCCCCGGUUUUGAUGUCUUGGGAAUAGGUCUUAACCUCUUUUUGGAGAUCCAAGUCACAAUUGAUGCAUCGGUAGAUACAUCGUCAGACAAGUAUCAAGCGAAAUUGAGUUACGAAGGGGACGCCGCUCAUGAUGUGCCUCUCCAAAGCGAGAAAAACUUGAUUACCCAGACCGCUUUGUACAUCUUACGUUGCAAUAACAUCGAAAGGUUUCCGCAAGGCACAUGCAUUCACGUUAUUAAUCCGAUUCCGCUUGGUAGAGGUUUAGGCUCUUCUGGCGCGGCUAUUGUUGGCGGUAUUAUGUUGGGAAACGCUAUUGGAAACCUCGGUUUGUCCAAGGAAAGGAUGCUUGAUUACUGCUUGCUAAUAGAAAGACACCCUGAUAAUAUUGCAGCCGCCAUGCUUGGUGGUUUCGUUGGUUCGUAUUUAAACCAGCUAUCUGACGCAGACACAGAUGCAAAAUCAGUUCCUCUUGAAAACAUCUUGCCUAAGGCUAGCACUCCAGCUAGCUCUUAUGAAAACAGACCACCACCAAAUGAUAUUGGUCAAUACAUCAAGUACAACUGGAAUAAGAAGAUUCGUUGUGUUACCAUCAUACCUUUGUUUGAAGUUAAGACUGAUGAUGCUCGUGCGGUGCUUCCAGCUCUGUAUACUAAAGAAGACAUAGUGUUUAACUUGCAAAGACUAGCAGUUUUGACUACUGCUUUGACUCUUCCCGUGCCGGAUCACAAGCUCAUAUACGAAGCCAUGCGAGACAAAAUCCAUCAGCCUUAUCGUGCACAGCUUAUACCCGGGCUUGAACAGGUUUUGAAUGAACUUACACCAGACUCAAGCCCAGGGCUUUGUGGAAUCUGUCUUUCAGGAGCUGGGCCAACUAUCUUGUGUUUGGCGACGGAAAAUUUUGAAAACAUCGCUAAACGAGUCAUUGGUAUUUUCGAAAAUAAUGGUGUUGAAUGUAAAUGGGAGUUACUUGAUUUGGCGUAUGAAGGUGCUGUCAUAGACUACAAUUAG